CGUGUGAUGGCUUUGAAGGCCACGAGGCCGAGACGCAAGACUCGGGUAGAUCCGACCCGGUGGACCCCGGUUUCCAGCUGCUUGCGUCUCUGAGCCCCGCCACAACGAGCUAUCGAUCACCAGGAAAAUUUAGCAACCGCCGGAUCCCAGUUUUCCGCUGCUAUUUACAUCGCCCCUCCACUGCUCUCUUAGUCGAUAGUUUCUUCUUCCCACGCUGCUACUCUUUGGCUCACGGCCUUGUGGUUCAUCGGGGAAGCACCCUCGUAGCAUUGCUGCCGCAUUUGUGCUUCUGGUUCUGUUAAGAAACUGUCAAGAUGGCGGGCACGGGGUUUUAUGAGUCAAUUCUUGACAACGAUGUCUUCAAGUACUACGCCGAUGGAGAGUGGAAGGUAUCCUCGUCCGGGAAGUCUGUGGGCAUUACCAACCCUUCCACCUUGAAGGUGCAAUACAAAGUACAAGCCUGUACUCAGGACGAGGUGAACAAAGCGGUGGAGAGCGCCCAAGCUGCUCAGAAGAUCUGGGCCAAGACACCGCUGUGGAAGCGAGCUGAAGCGCUGCACAGAUUUGCUGCAAUUUUAAAGGAUAACAAGAACGAAAUUGCCGAGGCGCUUGUGAAAGAGAUUGCCAAGCCCCACAAGGAUGCUCUCACCGAGGUUGUCAGGUCUGGUGAUCUCAUCUCAUACUCAGCCGAAGAAGGUAUUAGAAUUCUGGCUGAGGGCAAGUUUCUGGUGUCUGACAGCUUCCCAGGAAACGGAAGAAAUAAAUACUGCCUUGCAUCGAAGAUUCCUCUUGGUGUGGUUCUUGCUAUUCCGCCAUUCAACUACCCUGUUAACCUGGCAGUGUCCAAGAUCGCCCCAGCUUUAAUUGCAGGAAAUGCGGUUGUCCUGAAGCCUCCCACUCAGGGCGCGGUGUCAGCCUUGCACAUGGUGCACUGCCUCCACAUGGCAGGGUUUCCCAAGGGGUUGGUUUCUGCAAUUACAGGGAAGGGCUCUGAAAUCGGAGACCUGAUGACCAUGCAUCCUGGCAUCAAUUGCAUCAGUUUCACAGGAGGAGACACAGGUAUUGCAAUUUCAAGAAAGGCUGGCAUGGUUCCGCUUCAGAUGGAGCUCGGAGGCAAGGAUUGCUGCCUUGUGCUAGAGGACGCGGAUCUUGAACUCGCUGCGAACAACGUGAUCAAGGGUGGAUACUCUUACAGUGGACAACGUUGCACUGCAGUGAAGGUUAUCUGUGUAAUGGAGUCAGUUGCUGAGGAGCUAGUGUCCAAGAUCGUUCAGAAGAUGACGAAGCUUACAGUUGGUAUGCCUGAAGAUAACUGUGAUAUCACUCCAGUUGUCAGUCAGUCUUCAGCCAACUUCAUUCAAGGUCUUGUCGAGGAUGCACAGGCCAAGGGUGCCAAAUUCCAUCAGGAGUGGAAGAGAGAAGGAAACUUGAUCUGGCCACUUCUUAUCGACAAUGUCACACCUGACAUGAGAAUCGCGUGGGAGGAGCCCUUCGGACCAGUGAUCCCCGUCAUCAGGAUCAAGACCGUGGAGGAGGGCAUUCACCACUGCAACGCAAACAACUUUGCUCUUCAGGGAUGCGUCUUCACCAAAGACAUCAACAAAGCAAUUCUGGUCAGUGAUGCUAUGGAGUCCGGAACCAUUCAAAUCAAUGCAGCACCUGCAAGAGGGCCAGAUCACUUUCCUUUCCAGGGUCUUCGAGACAGUGGAAUCGGCUCUCAAGGAAUCACCAACAGCAUUCAGAUGAUGACGAAGACCAAGAGCACGGUGAUCAACCUGCCAAGAAAGUCAUACACGAUGGGCUAGAUCGCUUGAAUCAUUAUCGGUGGCUGCACGGCAGGGGCUAAACUGACCUUCCCCAAGUUUUUCUAGAGGAAUAUUAUCACAUCAUUCCUGCUGCGGACUAGUUCACUCACUUGAGCACACCUGCUGACCGAACAUUACAUGUUUUUGUGAGUUGUGGCUUGGGAUUGCGAUCAAAGAGGGAUUCAUGGAGCCCAUGAGCUGGCGUCGUCUUAUAGAUGGCUCCCCUUUCGU